AAACGACCGCCGCUUAGCCUCGCCUCUCGCUCGUCUCUCUUUUGCCUCUCUUCUUCUCUUCCAGAGAAACAAAACCCUAUUCGAACCAAAACCGCGCCGCCCUCUCCUUCUUCCUUCUCUUCCAGAAUGAAACCAAAAACCUAGCUACCCAAACAACACCACCCUCUCCUUCUUCCUUCUCUUCUUUCACGUUUUCUUUCUCGGUCCACUCUUCCUCUUUGAGACGCGAAUAAAGAAGAGAACUUUUGCUUUAAAAAGCAAGCAAAAGCCACAAAAUGAAACCCAACUUCCUCUCCUAGAUUUUGGAAACAACGGGAAUAUAAUCGAAGCAGCGGUGGCAGUGACGAUAGCGACUAGGAGAGAAUUUAAAGGUUCAUUUUCUUGCUUUGCAUGCUCGAUUUCUACUAUUUUUAGAUUUGAUUUUAGGGGUUUUAGAGUUAUGAUUCCUAUUUUCUUGUUUCUUUCCACAAAAACCGACUUAAACCGAAGAGGGCUUCUCGAUCUGUUUCUCCACUCUCGUCGCCGGCCACAAAGCAUAAGCCAACAUCCUCAAAUCGACUAGAAAGGCUUUGAUAUAGCUAGAAAUUGGCUUGCAUGUGGAUUUUUGGACGAGUUUUUGUUUGAAUUUGUUUGCGACCUUUCGUUAUCUAAUGUUUUCUAUGGGUUUUGGUUUCGGGCGAGGGGAAAACGGGGAAGGCAAGCCUUGCCACCGGCGGGUAUGGGUGGAGGUGGGAAGAGAACACAAAGAUCAAGAAGGAAGACGUCGUCACCGGCUACUAGGUUUUAUGAGCAGACAGAUCUAUGUGAGGUCUCUCAUAACUCGAUUAAUGUGGGACUGAGAGAGAUGAAAUUUUAAAAAUUUCGGAUUAUAUGGUUGUAGGUUAAAUGUUUGUGAAUCUGAAUACUAAAAAAAAAAGGUUAUGUGUGUGUUCUGGUAAUUUUUUAUGUUGUUGGAUUUGAUCUGCGGUCUUGGAUCUAACUCUACAUACUCUCGAAGUUAGAAAAUAAAGGAUUUCUGAACUAGAAAUUUAAUUAACAUACUCCAAAUUGUUAGUUUUGGCGAUUGUAAAUCACUGCUUCUGCUCGUGAUUUGCUAGACUGGGUACUAUAAAUCAUUGCUACUGCUUAUGAUUUUGG